GUGUGUGUGUGUGUGUGUGUGUGUGUCUCUGACGGUGUGUUUCUGUUCCAGAUGGACUACAUGGUCCCCACCAUCAUUGCAGAUGAGAUGAGCUACAUGUAUGAUUACUGCACGCUGCAGACCAUCAGGGUGCACAACAUCGUGGUGAUGAUGCAAGUGACCGUCACCACGACGUACUUCGGCCACGCGGAGCAGGUUUCUCAGGAGAUGUACCAGUACGUGGACUGUGGAGGAAACACCACCUUCGUCAGGGCGGGAGACUCAGUGCUCAGCCUGCAGCAGCCUAACGAGUAACAGCUGAUCACAUCAACACUAACACACACUCCUGUCUUCAUAGCUGCAAAUUCACGUCUGACGGACGCUCUUUAUUCCAACACGGAAGAGUCAACGAACGUCUUCUGAUUUGUCCGUCUGAAGAAAAAAAGCCACUUCACUGUCUUUGUUUUUUGGCUCGUUAAGAAAGGGUCCAAUUAUUCCUUCUGUUCACUUCCACACUAACAUAGAAGUGUUUCUAAUAGAGGAGCGUUCAGGGGAGACACAUUAAUAUAGUAAUUAUGAGUUUUCAUGUCAUCAUUUCAACACCUUCUGGAUGCCCUUUAAUAUUAAGAAACAUGAGUUUAUAUACAAACUAGUGUAGAGAAAUUCUAGCUACAGUAACAAUGAUGUCACACGUACACUAACACACACUCUGUCAUCAUAGCUUCAAAUCCACGUCUGACGGACGCUCUUUAUUCCAACACUGAAGAGUCUUCUCACGUCUUCUCAUUUGUCCGUCUGAAAAAAGAAAAGCCACUUGACUGUCUGUGUUUGUGGCUCGUUAAGAAAGGGGUCCAAUAACAACUAAUUACCACACUAACAUAGGAGAAGAAGUGUGGCGUUCAGGGGAGACACAUUGAGGUAGUAAUUAUGAAGACCUUCUGGAUGCCAUUUAAUUCUAACAAACAUGAGAUUAUAUACAAAACUAGUGUAAAAGAAUUCAAGCUACAAUAACAAUGAUGUCACACGUACAUGUUAACCAGCACACUGGUCCCUGAAGGCACCAUGUCCGUGUUUUGAACUCACCGGUGGGGUGACUGACGUGAUUUCAAGAUAACAAACCAAAAACACAUCCAGAAAACCAUUGACCUCCAGACCAGGGGAUGUGAGUCAUGUCAGGGUUCAGGACUCAUCCCUGCACCUCUUUAUGUAUUCUCAAUAAUCAGAUAUUACAUUUCUCACAACAUGAAGGUGUGUCAGGAAGUAAACUAACAUUUCAUACCGUUAAUGUAAAUGAUUUCCCCCCCUCACAUUGACAUACACCGAUAUUAAAGUGGCUUCACAAAGAUCUAUUUAAGAGGAGGAAACACACAGAUUGUUAAAUCAAUAAAAGCUUGAUGAAGGCACACUAACGCACUUUAUGUUUGAAUAACUUUAUUAACCCCAAUCUUUCUAACGCAACAAGAAGUUAUGAAUUAAUGUUUUUAUUGAGCUCACUUUCUGCUGACUCACCGUCUGAUAUUUGGUCGUUAGAUGCUCAUUAUUACACGUCAUACAUUUCUAUGUGUUGUCUUUACCUUUAUAGAGAAAUGAAGGAACCUCAGCUGCAUUUAUUUUAAAGAUAGAAGGAAAAGAAAAUGUCUUAGCUUGCCCGCUAACUGCUAAUAACCAGCGCUAACAGCUUAUAACCACUGCUAAAUGCUAAUAACCACCGCUAACAGCUUAUAACCACUGCUAAAUGCUAAUAACUAUCUUACUGCUAACUGCUAAUAACCACUGCUAGCUGGUUAUAACAACUGCUAACUGCUAAUAACACCUGCUAAUAACCACCUCAAGGUUCAAGGUUCUUUAUUUGUCAUACGAUAACCUUGAACUUACUUACUUACUGCUAACUGCUAAUAACAACUGCUAACUGCUAAUAUCCACUGCUAAUAACCACCGCUAACUGCUAAUAACCACUGCUAACGACCACUGCUUACUGCUAACUGCUAAUAACCACCGCUAACAGCUAAUAACCAGUGCUAACGGCUAAUAACCACUGCUAACUGCUAUUAACCACUGCUAACUGCUAAUAACCACUGCUAACAGCUAACUGCUAAUAACCCCCGCUAACUGCUAACUGCUAAUAACCACAGUUCUAGUUGAGCUCCUCUACAGAAGUCCCGUUGGCUAGCAGACGGUUUAAAUAGCCCUGUAAACACAGAGGGAGUCGGUGCUGUAAGUGAAAUAAAGAUGAUUACACUUUAAUUAAAGAGGAUUUUUCACAUGAAACUGAGCGUUUUAACUGAAUAUAAAACGUUGACUGAGCUUUUUCUCCCAGAUGCUGUCGGGCUGCAACUUAUUGAUGAAUCCGUCAAAACAAAAACAAAAUAAAUCAAUCCAUAAAUAAUAUUUUAAACAUACAGUAAAAAAGCUGCUUCAGAAGUAACAGAAGCUUUUGUUUAAUUAUCAAAAUAUUCAGCAAUUAUUUUCCUAAAAUUAUGAAAUCCUCGCUAAUUUUGCUCAAAUGUUCAAUGUUUAAAGUCUGUACUAAAUUCAUAUAUUUAUUUAUUAUAUAGACCCCUGAAACCUUUUGUUUUAUUAUUAUUAUUAUUUAUAAUAAUUAUAAUUAUUUCUGCUGAAAUUCUAACAUUUGGUAAUUAAUAUUUAAUAUUUAGUUUCUUGCUGAUAAAUCUUAUAAUUUGGGGCGUCUUGUAUUUAAUUAUUAAUAAUUCACGUGUUGAUUUCUGUGUAAUAAUCACUUCUUCUACUGAUAGUAUUUUGUCCACAUCAUUUAUUCUGUAGACGUUUUGGACGAAGAAUCCUUCAUUUGAAAAGUAUUUUGAAUGAAUGAUUUGAACAUUGUGUUGUUUAUAAAUGAAUAUUCAUGGAAUGUUCAUGGUGUUUCGUACUGAAGGGUUUGGAUGUUUUUCCCCCUCACAGUUUCCUACCUCUGAGUCACAUGUUGUUAUCGUUCAUACUGACUGUUUGUUGUGGGAGCAUUAAUAAAGUUUUACAACCUAAA